GCCGUCUCCAUGGUGACGUUGGACGCCAGCGCCAUGCUGCACUCCCGUUACUACUCUCCGAAUGAGGUGGCGGUGCACAGCACGGUGGACGACCUGUGGGUGUCCUACCUGGGCAGGGUGUUCGACCUCACCCCACUGGCCCAGGAGUUCCAAGGUGAUGUUCUGCUGAAACCUAUUAUAGAAGCAGCUGGGCAAGACAUCAGCCACUGGUUCGAUGAGGAACGAGAAGAUGUCCGCAUUGAGAUCGACCAGCUCACCAACUGUCAGAAGUACCACACCCCUCGUGGCCGCUUCAUCCAUGUCCCCCCACCAAUGCCGCAGAGCAACUGGUUUAACAAUUUCGGGACGCCCUGGUGGAAAGAUCCAAAGUACGAGGUCGGAAUUUUAAGCGAGAAAACAAGAUACAUCCGGAUCAUCAACACUCUCACAGCCCAGGAACAAGUGCUUGAGGUAUGCACUGAGGAGACAAUUAAUGAAAUCCUGGAGCGGUACCUGACGUACAACGCUCAUGCGGCAAGCUAUACCUGGAAGUAUGAUGGAGUGCAGCUGGACAUGGACAAGACUCUGGAGGAGAAUGGGAUCGUGGACGAGGAUGAGAUGUUCUAUGAGCUGCAGAUGGAGCCCGAUAACUACCGCCAAUCCAUUCUACUCUAUUUCAAUGACGACCUUACGGAGCUGUAGGCCUCAGUGACUACAGCAGGCCGGGUAUUACCUCUCAACACCUUUGCCCUGCUUCCUCCCUGUGUUAAUUAUAUAGGAAUGUUCUGUUGUUCAAUAAAG